CUAGCUGCCAAUCCGAUCUGUAAAAAUAAAUAUACUCCUAGCUAUACACGAGUCCUAGCUAGCUAGAUAUAUACGGAGUGCAUGUGUUACAGUAUAGUAUAAUUAAUUAAUAAUGAGGGGUGGUUUUGGAAUAAAAAGAGUAGCAGUAGCAGGAGAGUGGGGAUUUUUGAGGAUGGGCGGUCAUGGUUCUAUAAUAAGGCAGAAGCAAAUCUGCCGAUGAUUCUGGCAGACAAAGGGUAUGAUGUGUGGAUCUCCAACACUAGGGGUACCGAAUACAGCAGACGACAUCAAUACCUUGAUCCCAAUGCCAGGGAAUUUUGGUACUGGACAUGGGACCAUUUGGCAAAAUACGAUCUACCAGUUCUGAUAGACCUUGUGUUCAAAACGACUGGGCAGAAGGUCCACUUUGUUGGACAUGCGCUGGGGAGCUUGUUAUGCUUGGCAGCGCUGGCGGAGGGGAAUGUGGGCGUGGACAAAGUGAGGUCGGCGGCAUUAUUGAGCCCCACUGUUUACGCCUCCCACAUGACCUCUAUCCUCGUUAAAGCUGCCGUCAAAUUGCAUAUUGCCGAGCACUUAAUGGUUCAGACUGUUUGUUUCAGCCUCUUAAUGGUUCAGAUGUCUGAAUGGUUAAGAGAUUUGCCUCUGAAUGGUAAAAACUGCUGCAUCAAUAGCGCGGCUAUACGACAUUUUGCAGAGAGUGGAAUGCAAUCCACAUCAAUCAGGAACCUCAAGCAUUUAUCUCAGAAUGUUCGUCACGGGACAUUGGAAAAAUACGAUUAUGGGAACGCGGAAGUGAACAUGCAGCACUACGGCAGAAGAAAGCCACCCCUCUACGACUUGAGCCGCAUCCCGAAGAACCUUCCGGUGUUCAUAAGCUACGGAGGUGCAGACCAGAUGGCUGACACCGCCGACGUGAAAGUUCUGCUGGGAGAGUUGAAACCGGCAUUGAACACUGACAUGUUGCGGGUUCAGUACGUCCCCAACUACGCUCACUAUGACUUCAUCAUGGGACUCAAUGCUAAUCAUCUUGUUUAUACCCAACUCAUUGCCUUCCUUGAUCCCCUCAAAUAGCUAGCUAGCUUACCACUUCAUUACUCUCUCAUCCGAUCCAUACAUGUAAUGUAAUAAUAUAAACCCAUGGCCACCGAGCUAGCUAGUAUAUAUUAUCAUUCCUCGUCAUAUUUGUAUACAUGCAUGCACACUUUACUAUAUAUGCAUAUAGCACGUACUCCGGCCAUCCCAUCCCAUCCGUAUCUAGCUAGCUAGUUUUAUGUUCCAUGCAUGGUAUCAAUUCUCUCUUCGGCUCUAGCUAGCAUUGAUUACUUGAUACUCGAUUGAUGAUUAGCCCGAUCCGUUAAUUAUCGUGUCAUGCAAAGUCUUAAAUCCCUUAACUAAUUAAUUCUUUGAAUUUUU